UAGUUCUUCCUUGUUCCUUAUCCUCUCUACGUGACUCGUACUACCAUAUCACAGGUUUCAUAAAGUGAAUCGCACAAACACAAACAUGGUUUGGAAUAUUUCUUUUGCGCCCUUUCCUGUGUUAAGAUAUGGCGUUCAAGUAUAGUGAUUAUGGUGCUAUCUUAAGCAUAGAUUUCGGCACCACAUUUUCAGGGUCGUGUUACGCUAUUACUGGUAAAGUGUCUCCAAAAGAGUUGAGGGAAACAAGCUACCCAAGCAUUAUUCAUGUUACUAAUUGGCCGAAGCAAAACGAUUUACAACAUAAAACACCAUCUAUCAUUGUGUGUGAUCGGAACUUCCAUCUUUUACAUUGGGGAAUGAGUGCCUUUAACUUUAUACAAUCUGGUCAAGUAAAGGAUACUCAUCGAGUCUUUGAAAAGUUUAAAUUGCAACUCCCUUCGUCCAUUGCACAAAAAGGAGCUUUCCGUUGUACUGGAAAUACUAGCCAGCUCGAACUCUUAUCUAGAGCUAUGCAAAAUGCAAAUAUGGUAAAUGGUUUAAAAAUUGACAAAGAAGAUAUUCGUUUUAUUAUCACCGUCCCAACACAGUGGAAUGACGUUCAAAAAUCCCUUAUGCGUUUAAUCGCUAUUGAAGCAGGGCUGAUUUCCAAAUACGACAAUGAAAACCGUUUGAAAAUCAUUAGCGAGUCUUCAGCUGCACUCCUCUAUUGUGAACGAAUACCCGAUAUGAAAACAUCAAAGAUUAAGGAUACCGAGUAUGUGAUUAUGUCAGAGGGUGAGAAGUAUAUAAUUUGUGAUGCUGGUGGAGGAACGGUUAGUAUUACUGUCUUUGAAGUGCUCAAGCAGAGAGACCAAGAUGGCAAGGAAAGUUUUCGUAGAUGUCAAAUUACCGCAGAAAUUCGAAAGAACUGUGGAUCCGAAGUCCUUUUGGAUAUUUGCUUUGGUGCAGAUAAAGAAUCGUGGAAGAAUAACAAGUCCAAAAGGGAAGAGCUUGAAACAAUCUUAGCACCUCUGACAGACCAAUAUGGCGGCAACAGUAGGGACAGCGACUGCGAAAGCGGCAGUGAAAGUGACAGCAACUGGGAAAGCAGCAGUGAAAGUGAUAGCGGGAUUCCUAUUUGUAUGAGUUGUACGUUUAGUGAAGGAUAUGACGAAAAGUUCGUAGAACUUGAUGAUUUUGGUGAUGGUAAGGUUUCCAAUUCAGCUUUUUUGUCGUUCUUCCUAUAAUGAUUGUGUUUAUAGAUACGGUUUUUUUAAUUACGCAGAGCAAAAUCUUGGACCAGCUGAAACUGAUGGGAGGACCAGAUGGUGAUAUAAUUACAGACGAAGGUGUAACGGUCGAACUUGAUGAGAAUCAUUUUGAAAUUUGACUUUCUUACAAAUUCAUGCGAGAAAAGGUUUUUGAUGAAGUCGUCGAUAAUACAAUUGACUUUUUGAAGAGACAAAUAAAGAAAGCUAAUGGAAAUAUUAAAUACACCUAUCUGGUGGGAGGCUUUGGCGGAUCACCAUACUUGCGCAAACGUAUUCUAAACGAGUUUUCUUUCGGGCACCCAUUACACAUUGGGAGUUUAAUCCAGGAUAUUCGAGG